AUGGGUGAUGAUCAAGCUCUCGUCGCCAGUUGGCUUCAUGAAGAAUCAACAUGGCAGCAACAAUUUCGAGGUUGGGAUUUUUCGCAACUAACCUCCAGUGGACGAAUAUCAUUUAACAUGUCCGAAGAACAAUUAGGUUGGGAUUAUACAAAGAUUAUUUGUCAAACAGUUGCACAACUUGCAGAUUCAGACGAUGAAAAUAAGAGCAAUGAAAUUUAUUUGCUUGAUUUAGGAACAGGUGGUGGUGAAUAUUUAGAAGGAAUACUAGCAAGACUUCCGAGCAACGAGAAAAAGUUGAUAGUAUACGCAACAGAAUCAUAUGAACCGAAUUUUCAAUUAGCUAAGCAACGUUUAACACCUUACGGUGUGACUGUUAUUCAAAGUGAAUCGGAUAGUCUGAAUAGUUUGCUACCAUUUACAGACGAUGGACCGAAAUUUGACUUGAUAAUCUCUCGUCACACAUGUUACAAUAUUCGCGAAGUUGAUCGUCUCCUUAAAUUCAAAACUGGAAUCUUUAUAACGCAACAAGUCGAUGGAACAUCUGGACAAGAUUUAAUUGAACUAUUUGACCAUCAGCCACAAUGGCCAUUUUUUACUCUUGCUUAUGCUUCUCUAACACUGAAAAAUCAAGCACCAUCCAUGAAAUUGAUUAGAGCACAAGAGUCAGAAACAAAGGAUCCACGAUUCAACAAUGAGACAUUAGCAUUUUUACAAUUCCUUUCACAGAAUCCUCCACCGCAGGAUAAUGAAGUUGAAAAAAUGCGUCUAUAUAUGGAUGGCAUACAUCAAAAAAUCAAUAAAAAACUUCAUGAAACAUUCAAAGGUACAAUAGAAGAAAAAAUUGUGAAAACUAAUUCUACAGAAAUACCUAUUACCAUCUAUACACCACUAAAUGUUAAUAAAGACAAAUUAGUUAUUUAUUUUCAUGGUGGAGAAUAUCGUCUCGGGCCUGAAUAUAAAUAUCCAAUUUGGCUUGAUGAUGCAUUGGAAGUUACCCAACAUAUUAUUCAAAAUAGAACAGCUUACGGUGUUAAUAAAACAGCCAAAAUUGGGGUUGCUGGAGACAGUGCUGGAGGCAUGAUUAGUGCUUCACUCUCUCAUUUAUUAAAAGGCAUCGAUUUUCAAAUUCUUAUUUAUGCUGCAUUAGAUAUUCUUGGUGAAAUGCCAUCUUAUAAGGAAUUUACGAAGCCAAUGUAUUUUCUUACACCUGAAUUCAUGAAAUGGUUUACAACACAUGCAUUUCAUAAUUUGGAUGAGGUGAAAGAUCCUCGAGUAUCUGUGCUACUCAAUAGAACAUUUAAAGAUUUACCACCGUGUCUAUUCAUAGUUGCUGAUCUUGAUAUUCUUCGAGAUGGAAACUUAGAAUAUCAAAAAUUGCUUGAAAAAGCUGGUGUUCAAACGAAAUUAGUACUAAUGAAAGAUGUCAUUCAUGUAUUUUUUACUUUACCAGGAAUUUUUCCACAAUCAUGUGCAGAAGCGGUUGAUGCUAUUCGAGAUUUCAUGGCGUCAAUUUGA